UAUUUAACGCUCGCACGCCCGAUGGGAAACCGUUUAGUCUUUAAUCGUACACCAAGCGCAUAAGGAUGAAGUAUAGCUCGGCGAGUGUGAAGGUGGCGGCCCUGCUGCUGCUUGGCGUGAUUGUCGUUGCGUCGGGCAAAUCGGUCGACAAGAUCCGUCGUCCGUUCCCGGGCAUUGAGCGGUUGGCUACCCGCCGGGAAGGUUUUGUACCACCGAAGGGAUACGUGUCGCAGAAUCCGCGCACGGUCGAGGGCCGCUUUACGUCGCGUGUGAACCACUUCGACCCGCAGAACCGGGACACGUUCGAGUUUAACUAUCUGCACAAUGAUCAGUAUUAUCGCCCGGGUGGCCCACUGUUCAUCGUCGUCGGUGGACACUAUCCGAUCAAUCCGUACUUUAUGGAGAACAGCCACUUCCGCGAUGUGGCCUCACUGCAGGGCGCCUGGUUGGCAACGAACGAGCAUCGCUACUUCGGUGGCAGUAACCCUGUCCCGAACUACUCGACGGAGAACCUCCGCUUCAUGCGCACGGAACAGGUACUGUUCGAUCUGAUCGAGUGGAUCGAUUUCCUGCGCCGUGAGGUUAUGGGAGACCCCAACGCACGCGUCAUUCUGCACGGAUUCAGCUACGGUGGUGCACUGGCCUCGUGGGCCCGCCAGCGCUUCCCGAACAUCAUUGAUGGCGCCUGGGUAUCGAGCGCUACCGUUCGUGCGACGGUUAACUUCGAGGAGUUCACCGAAGACUUUGGUAACACGAUCCGCAUCAAGGGUAGCGAUGAGUGCUACAGCGCCAUCUUCCGUGCGUUCCAUACCGCGGAGAAUCUGAUCGAUGCUGGUCGCAUCGAAUCGGUUUCGUCCAUCUUCAACACCUGCGACCCGAUCGAUCCGGAGAACUCGCUGCAGGUUGAGCUGUUCCUGCAUCUGAUGGUGCUGUCGCUCGAGAUUUCCAUGUUUGAAGAUUUUAACAUUGAAAAUGUGAACCGCGUGUGCGGUGUGCUGACGGACGAUCAGUACGGUACGCCGAUGGAAGCGUUGGCCGCCUACCUCAAGAGCCGCUACGAAGAGAUUCGCGAAUGUUUCGACCUAUCGUUCGAGAACUUCAUCUCGAUCCUCGGUGACGAGUCGCUCGAUGCCAUCCAGAACGAGCAGUACGGUCUGCGCCAGCUGAACUAUCACAUCUGUACCGAGUUCGGUUACUUCCAGACGGCUCAGUCCCGUGACCAGCCGUUCGGUUCCAAGGUGACGUACGAUCUGUUCCUGGCCGAGUGUGCCGCCGUGUUCGGUGACUGGCUGUCGGCCGAUGUGCUGUACGAUGGUGUGCGUCUGACCAACUUCCACUUCGGUGCUACUGAUCCGCGCAUCACCAACGUGCUGUACACGAACGGUGGCAUUGAUCCGUUCCGUCAUGUUUCGAUCACGGAGUACACGAACCUGCUGGCGAAUGCUCGCGUCACGCCCGCCGCCUUCUACACCGAGGACAUCCGUGCGAUCAGCGGUAUGGAUUCGGAGGAGAUGCUCGAAACCAAGCACAUGGCCGAGCAGUACAUCACCACCUGGUUGGGAUCUCCGAUCAGCCCUUUCAGCCGAUACAUCCGGAAGUAAGCGAUAGAGAGGAGGAAAAG